UCUAACUUUUUACUUGUCACGUGAAACAGUGUACGCAAAAAGAGCACAAGUAUAGCCUAUACCAAAUUACGUUGAAUGCAUGUCAACAUGUUAAGUUAUAGUAUUUGAUGGGCGUGAAAUAGGUUUUUCAGAUUUUUGGAAGAGAGCAAUGUCAGAAAUGAAUUUCGCACUGAUUGCUCUGCCUGCCUCUCUCCACAGCCUUUGUCCCUCAAACAUGGGAGAGGCUGGAGGGAGAAACAUGGGAGAGGCUGGAGGGAGAGAUUUAUACUGUAGGUUUAUGUGAGGUCUUGAUUGAGUUAUUGUGUGUCAACGAUAUUUAGUCAAUGGGUGCCACCUUGUAAAUUCCUCAGUCACAUUUAGCCAUAGGCAAACACUUGACAGGGUUGACAAUAGGAAAUAGGUGUUGCUGAGAUUUGACUGAAUUUUCCUUGUUAUCAUGUAAGGAUCCCGUUUUGAAGGUGUUGCAACUGCAUUUCUGUUCAUUAGCAACUCUAUUUGAUCAGAUGUGGGCAUGUGGCCAAUAUCUAAUAAUAAAGUUGAAGUUACAUGUCUGAUAGUAUGUCUGCAUCUGAAAAUGCAUUCUUUCACCAGUUCAGGAAAGGAACAUUUGAUUACUUGAUAAAAACGUGCUUGUAUCUUAUGAUCAGAAGAACAUGAGGAGAGAACAACGUUUGAGUUUUCACCCUGAGGAAGGCGAGUGUAUUAUGAAUUCAAACUGCAUUAGAAAUACAUUUAAAGUGUGACUUUAUCUGUUUCGAUGUAUACAUUUGAAUCAGAUGUGUGUUUAGUUAUUAUAUACCCCCAUUACAUUUACAUUUUAUUCAUUUAGCAGACACUCUUAUCCAGAGUGAUUUCCAGGAGCAAUUAGGGUUACGUUUAUACACCACACUGCUUAUAAAGAUAUCCUUAUCUUUUCUAUGUUCAUCUUCAAGGUGGAAGUGUUCAUGUUUUCCCUCCCCGUCCCCUAUAGCAUCGCUCCUAUCACUGUUUAGAGUGCAAACUACAGAGAGAAAUAAUGGAUCAGACACAGCAUUAGAAGCUCAGGGCAAGGUCCAUAGACAGUAUAGUAGCCUAAUCUGCAAGGUUAACUGCAGAUUAAGGCUAACUACUGCUAAUAAAUUGUCAGGUCUGCUGCAGGAGUCAGAACAGGUCUGGUGUAAUCUAGCCUCCUGCCCCUGGGACCUUGGUGGCCCAGCUAGGUAGGGCCAGCAUGAAGGGUGUCCUCUGAUUGCCUGGCUAAACUAGACUGAACAUGCACUCACCAGGCUAGUCCUCUCUUCUGAGGUGGCAGGAUGUUACAGAUAAACUGUGAAGGAGCGACGUUCACUUGGACUAGAGACUCAUUUUGAAUUGCCAGUCUCCUGAAACUAUCCAGCCAGCAACAACAACAGUCCCACCAUCCAUCAGACCAUCCCUCAUGGCAACGAUCGUCAUGGAGAGGAUUGGGCGUCUGUUCAUCAACCUCCAGCAGGUAAGGGCGGUGCCCCAGAUGCUGACAGAGGUCGCCCCCUCCAUGCCCGGCACGCUGCGGGACACCGAAGUUCCCGGGUUCUUCAGGGAGCGCUACAUCCACGCCGGCUACCGACCACUCCACCAGGGCUGGAGGUACUACUUCCUUUCGCUGUUCCAGCGUCACAACGAGACCAUCAACGUGUGGACCCACCUGCUGGGGUCUCUCCUUGUCCUGGUCAAGUUCCUCCAGCUGGCUGAGAUGGUAGACUUCAUCCAUGACGCCCACGCCUGGCCCCUCCUCAUCCUCCUCCUGUCCUCCCUGGCCUACAUGGCCUGCAGCACUGUAGCCCACCUCCUGGCCGCCAAAUCAGAGUUCUACCACUACUGCUUCUUCUUCCUGGAUUACGUAGGAGUGGCUCAGUAUCAGUACGGCAGCGCCGUGGCUCACUUCUACUAUGCUGUGGAACCAGACUACCACCGGUGGGUCUCCUCGGUCUUCAUGCCCACUGCCACCUUACUCUGUUGCCUGUCCUGCCUGGGCUGCUGCUAUGGGAAGUAUCGCAACCACAGCCUGCGGGUCUGGGUCCGGAAGGUGGGGCAGGUGGUUCCCUCAGCUAUGGCCUAUGCCUGGGAUACUAGCCCGGUGUUCCACCGCCUCCUCCUCUGGCCCACGUCGCACAGUGAUGACAUCACUUCCGCGGCCAGUGGCGUAGUCGGCGACCCGGCUAUGUCCUUCCAUGGGGGCCAGGUAGCCUUCUUCCUGUCCAGUGCGUUCUUCUUCACCAACCCACUUCCAGAGCGUCUGUUCCCAGGCCACUGUGACUUCCUGGGGCAGGGCCACCAGCUGUUCCACAUCUUCCUGGUGAUCUGUACCCUCUGUCAGAUCCAGGCCUCUCACCUGGACUACCUGGGCCGACGGCCACUCUACACACAGCUACACGGAGAGGGAGGAGCUGCAGCCACUAUCUAUCUGGUUCAGUAUGGAGCCACACAGGUGGUCUGUGUCUGCAUAGCAGUCUUCAUGGCGAGGAAAGUAAAACGGUUGCUUGACUGCAGAGACAAGUCCAAAUGAAUUGGCUUGGAGACUAUGUAAGAGGGUAGGAGAGUUAUAAUCACUUCCCAGUGGGCAAAACUGGUUGAAAUGGGUUGACGUUAUUUCAGCCAGAAACUUUUGCCCAGUUUUGCCCGCUGGGUUGGUACCAAAGUGAUCAAUGUGGCCUUGGUUGACUCGACACACACUGCCUUCCUUGCCUGCUGGAGUUUGUUUUUGAAAUGUACAUUUAUAUUAUAAUAUUAUGUUUCUCUACAGCACCCGUGUCCUUGAGAGAGUGUUGUUUACCUUUUACAUAAUGGAAGUUGAGGAAGCCUAUUACUAGCAUGGUCACAGAUCUGUGACCAUAAGAGUUGGCAAGACAGCACAAACAGAUCUGGAACCAGACUAGCCUAGCACUGAACAAAGCCUCAAUGAGAUGUAAGAAUGUUGAUAACUUGCAUAGUACUUUCUAUAUUUGCUAUGAUUGCUCACUGUAAUCCUAGAAUAUAUUUGCUUAGUUGUUCUCUGUUUUUCAAUUGGCAUGGUGGUGUCAAAUGAUGUAUGUAAUGUACAUUAUCGUACAUCUGUAAAUUGUUGAUGAGGUUAUGUUCCAUUGCUACAUUUUUCUUUUGAGUAACCAUGAGGGGAAAAGAGAAAUGUGUUCCUUCUCUUACCCUGGCCUACCACUGCCGGGACACACUCUUCACUCAGUGCUGUGACGUAAACCAGAGUAGAGACAGGCUCUGAUUGGCUCUUUCUGGAAGAUCACCGUGGUGACCAAAAAUAAAACAUCAAUUCAGCCAAUGGGAUUGAAAAAAGGUGUGAGGACAACCCCCCUUAUACAUUGCAACACAAAUAGCCAAUCCCAAUUGGUUCCCCAUGCCUUCCCCUUUGCCAUAUUAAACCUUAUAUGUUUGCAGAUCUGAAGGGUGAUAGGUAAUACGUGUAGUGUUGGUGUUUCCACCAUAUUGCUUCCACCUUACAGACCUGCAAUCGCAGGGAUAUGGCCAAGGAGAAGGGCUAGGGAGUGUAUUGGAACCGGCUUUGUUCAUGUUUACCCUUUGUCCAUUACUCUCUGAUUGUGCCAUAGGGUGGUAUCAGUGGAGUCUGCUGAGGGGAGGAGGGCUCAUAAUAAUGGCUGGAGCAAAUGGAAUGGAUCAAACACCUGGAAACCAUGGGUUUGAUGUAUUUGAUACCAUUUCACUGAUUCCACUCCAGCCAUUACCACGAGCCCGUCCUCCCAAUUAAAGUGCCACCAACCUCCUUUGGGAGAUAUAGUUUCCCCCUGACUGAUGAAAAAAAAAGACCUUCACAACAAUGCAGUGUUAUUAUGACAUGUCAGGCAUCAUAACAAUUUGCAGGGCCUUCACAUUUCAGAACUUUGUUAACUUUAUGGCAUUUGUAGAACAGCAAUAAAAACGACUUGAAGCCCA